AUGGUGAGACGUCCCAACCUGGAGUAUAGUACUGCCGCCAUAUUGAGUUUGGUUUCCAUGCUGUUGGACUCGGCUGAGUCAGAGAGGUGUGUGGCCGAACCUGUUGCCGAACCUGUUGCUGAACCGGAGGUUCCAGAGCCUAAAAUGGAGCCUCUGCCCUGUGCUACAACCCGGGUGGAGCCCGAGCGGCAGUAUGUAUACCAGGGUACCUUUACCCCAAGCAAAAGGGGAAUGACGAUUCCGGCCUGCAGCGUGUGUGAUAUGGAAGUGCCCAACGCCUUUGAGCAGGCUGUGCAAUUUAUCAUCUUGUGUGUGGAACCCAGCACAUCUGCGCCACAAAUAACAAACCCUGCCUGUAGAUUGAAUGUCAUCAAAAUGUAUGAGGAGUAUGAAUACAUUCAAGAAGGUGAUAUCAUGCUUGGAGUAGUUAUAGGAGUGAACUCAUACAUGGUUAAUUACAUGCAUUUGAACGAAGCUUACAAGAGGAGGCUGUGUGUAGAGGUUCUCCCUCAAUAUUACAGACAUCUUGUGGAUUUAGGUGUAGCCAUCAAAAUAUUAAACUAUCAUCCAUCCUUGAUUCCCAACCGGACUCUGGGGUACCAUGUAUAUGAUUCCUGUGGGGAUGCAGCAAAAGCAGUGAGGAGUGUGUUCCAGAUAUUAUCUGGUAUCAGGGAGCCGGUUCCCAAUUACUCCUGUAGGGGAAAUAGAAGCAUUGCUGGAUUUAUUGGAGACGUCACCUCUGAGACAACAGUACCCGUAGCCCAGAUUCUGAGUCUGUUUGGCUAUUCGCAGAUCAGUUCCGGUGCUACAGACAUUUCGCUUAGUGACAGGGUCACUUUCCCAUAUUUUUUCCGGACACUACAAAGUGAUCAUGGUAAUUAUUUUGUUUUAAGCAAAUUACUGAAACAUUUUGGCUGGACCUGGAUUGGAAUUCUAAGAGUAGAUGACUAUGGAGGUGAAAAAGAACAUCAACUGCUAACAAACUAUCUCUCAAGUGAUGGGAUAUGUGUUGAGUUCACCAUAAAGUUAAGGAGUGUUCUAGAAACAGAUGAGCAGAUUAUGCGUUAUAAAGAGAUCAUUAAAAAAUCUUCUUCCAGAGUCUUUGUACUUUGUGGAACAAUCAUUACAGGUGCUAUAGAAACAUUACGUAGCUUUAUAAAUGAAUUCGAUAGCAGGACAGUUGUUGUUUCUUACAGUAUAUCAGCAAAUUAUCACAUCAUGGAUUAUGCCUUAGAAAUAUUUAAUGGAAGUCUGGGAAUGACUCAGCGUAUUCCAUCAUUUAUAGACAUUCCCAUAAUGAAAGACUAUCUAGAGAAAUUUCGUCCUUCAAAAUUCCCAGAAGAUAAAUUACUGGAAGAUAUCUGGAUGCAAUAUCAUUCAUGUAUGUCAAAGGACAAAAACAAAAAUAAUCUCUAUGAACAGGUUUAUGGCCUGCCACUUUACAACUGCACUGGAAAGGAAAGUAUCAUGAAAGUCCGCCAUUUUGAUUAUACAUUGUAUUCUCCCCACGUGGGCUUUGCAGCUGAAAUAAUGGCUUAUGCAAUCUAUGAUAUGCAAAUGUCUAUUGACAAUAAAAUCCCUGGAAAGAUUAGAAAUACAGCUAAUUAUAGAAACCAGUUACAUCACUAUCUGAAAAAUCUCCAAUAUAAAUCCUUCAGUAAAACAAUGUCUUUUGAUAAUAAUGGUGAGUUACUGGAUAAAUACCUAUUUUACUAUCUCACUAUAAAAUCGUAUAAGGAAUUCGCUAUAUCACAUGUUGGCUGGUUUAUGCCACAGGAAGCAUUGGAUCAGAAAUUUAACAUCAAUACAUCUAAUUUAAGAUGGAGAACCGAUGACAGUAAGAUCCCAAUAUCCCAGUGCUCAGACAAAUGUGUCCCUGGCUUCAGGAAGGCUUCAAAGUAUGGUGCCCCAGUCUGCUGCUAUAAUUGUGUUAUGUGUUCAGAGGGGGAAAUAUCUACUACAGUUUCUUAUCUUCUGUUUACAGACAGUGAAAACUGCUUCAAAUGCCCAGACAUGGAAUGGCCCAAUGAAAACAGAAAUCAGUGCGUUGCAAAAAUAGUAGAAUUUCUGUCCUACAGAAAUGAUGUGAUUUCUGUGUUUUUUUCAUCUAUCUCUAUUCUCUUUUUCAUGAUAACUUUGGUAAUAUUGGGAAUUUUCAUCACACACUGGGACACCCCCAUUGUGAGAGCCAAUAACAGGAUCCUCAGUUUCCUCCUCCUUGUCUCCAUCAAGCUGAGCUUCCUCAGUGUGUUUCUGUUCCUCGGUCGCCCUGUGGAUAUAACCUGCAUGCUGCGCAUCAUCACUUUUGGAAUCACCUUCUCCAUAGCUGUCUCUUCUCUCCUGGCCAAGACUAUCAUGGUUUACAUUGCUUUCAAAGCCACCAAGCCAGGGAGCUCAUGGAGAAAAUGGGUGGGAGUCAAACUGUCCAAUUCUGUAGUCUUGUUCUGCUCAUCCAUUCAAAUAAUAAUCUGCAUGACUUGGUUGGCCAUUUCUCCUCCCUUUCAGGAACUGGACCUUCACACUUACCCUGGAACCAUCAUCAUUCAGUGCAAUGAGGGCUCAGCUAUUGGCUUUUACUCAGUUAUUGGGUAUAUGGGACUUCUGGCAGCUGUUAGUUUUGUUUUAGCAUUUUUAGCUCGGACAUUACCGGACAGUUUUAAUGAGGCCAAGUACAUCACUUUCAGCAUGCUGCUCUUCUGCAGUGUUUGGAUCACAAUGAUCCCGGCCUAUCUGAGCACCAAAGGCAAAAACACUGUGUGUGUGGAGAUAUUUGCCAUUGUGACCUCAAGUGCUGGACUUUUAGGCUGUAUAUUUCUCCCCAAAUGUUAUAUUAUUGUAUUCAAACCAGAAAUUAACACAAAAUCACAUUUAUUAGAAACAAAACCUCAUAAUUACGCAAAUGCAAAGAGUGCAUAG